UUAACAAUACAAUAUGAUAAUUUGUAUAACUUGAAUUGGAAUCCUUUUAUAAUGUAGAGAUGAAUAAAAGGAAUAUAAAUGCAAAAACAAAGAAGAUGCAAACCCGUGGUUCAUCUAAAACCCUUCAAAUUCCAUUCCUAGAAAACCUUUUAGAAGCUCGGAACCAAUCCAUGGAUUCCUUCAACAACAACGCCAAUAUGGACAACCUUUUCCUUCAAACCCUCAUGGCGAGGCUCCAAAUUAGGCCUCCAGUCAACUACAACAACAUCAACAAUCCCCUUCUCUCACAAUCCCUUGAAGAACUUAUCUUCGAGGCCGCCAAUCUCUCCGACGACGACAACGACGACAACAGAACACCGCUCGCUAAAGAAGAAUCGAAGCUCGAAAAAGAGAUCAUUCGCGUGAUUCUCGCCGGAAAUACCGAUUCCCUAAAACCCAAUUCCGGCCAAGCCGUCACAGUCGGCGAGCACCACGUCUGCGUGGGGUUUCACGAAGAGAAGGAUUCGGAUUUUCGAGUUUGGGAAUGGCACGGUCAUAUUAUGUUGUUUGAUGAAGAAAAUGGAUACUCGCCGGAGUAUAUUUAUGGGAAUUACUUUGAGAGGCUUCAGAGGCAGGUGGUGAACCGUGAGUUGAAUAAAUGGAAAGAGGAAGAAGAGGAAGACGAGAAAGAAGAAGAGCAAAAAGAGGAGAAGCCGGGCGACUUGGGUCUUCGGGAGCUGAUUGAUGGCGGCGAUUCGAGUGUCGGUCGGAUUCUUCAUCGUAAUGUUAACCCCAGCUCUCAAAGGGGCAGGUUUUAAUGAGCCGAGUUGCAGUUUUUGGUUCAGUAUAAUAAGUUCAGAUACCUAAGGACGCUGCUAUGGACUAUUGUCUUACAAUUUACACCUGGGUGUUUCUGCAGUUAGGACACUGAACUUGUGUGUUCUGAAAAGUAAAGGAGAUGAAUACAUAGAGUUAAUAACAUUCUCUCUGUUUGAUGAGUUUCUUCUCCAUCGUUUUUAAUUAACAUUUGCUCUUAGCUCUUAUGAGUCCACUGUGCAAGGAUUAUUUGCCUGCUGCUUGAUUUUUCCAUUUCAUCCUUUUUGUUUAUGAGAAAUUCACAUAUAUUAUUGCUCAUUGAUAUGUAUCUCUCAGUGGUUAUAAAUGCUACAAUAUUUUAACUCUGGA